GCCAUGUUCCAGAGAGGAGGGUGAGUUUGGGGAAAUACGGAGCCACCCUGUCAAUCUCAAUUAAGGAACCAUGGGAGUAAACUGGUAGGGAAGCUCGGCGGAGCCACAGUGUUUACGGUGAAGAUUGUUUUAACUUUGCGGAGAGACGGCAACUAACGUUAUGCACCGGUAUACUGUGAGACAUUUACAUCUGAUCUUGCCAAUUGGGAAUCGCUCCACUUUGACGGGAAUUAGCAUGAGGCGUUACAUAUAACAACAAAAACUUAGCGACUCUCAGUUGCCUGCGCCUGUUUUUUUUUUUUGCCCACACAGCGUUCCAGUUUGAACACAAUACACAAGUCACCGUUGAUAUUUGUACUAAAGGCGGUGUCGCGGAGGUUUAUAUCUACUCUAAGCUCAGGAUUAUAGCCGUUUAUUUGACUACAACUCGCGGAAAAUCUCGUCUGUGCAUUUCAGAGAACUGCCUUUUCGGUAGGUCGAGUUUCGAAGGAGUGACGGUAUAAGCAGACACUCCCAAAAAUAAACGAAGCCAAACAGCAAUCUCCGCUCCAACUCCAAAGGAGAGCAAGGAAGGAGCAGAUAUGAGUGGGGGAGAUGUGGUGUGCUCAGGGUGGCUGAGAAAGUCUCCUCCUGAAAAAAAGUUGAGACGUUACGCAUGGAAGAAGCGGUGGUUUGUUCUUCGCAGUGGCCGUCUGACAGGCGACCCAGACGUGUUGGAGUACUACAAGAAUGACCAUGCCAAGAAGCCCAUCCGUGUGAUUGAUCUCAACUUGUGUGAGCAGGUGGAUGCUGGGUUGACAUUCAACAAGAAGGACUUGGAGCACAGCUUUAUAUUUGACAUCAAGACCAUUGACCGUGUCUUCUACCUGGUGGCUGACACUGAAGAAGAGAUGAAUAAGUGGGUUCGCUGCAUCUGCGACAUCUGUGGUUUUAACCCUACUGAUGACGAGGCAGCAAAAGCUGUUCACCAGUCAACCAUUGGAGGCCUGGUGGUGGACACCCCCCCACACCCAGCACUGGGUAAUAUUGUUGGUCCAGCAGCAGCGCUGACAAGUGUGCCUCCUCCAUACCAGCCAGUCAGUGUGCGCCACCUGGACUCUCAGUCCAGUACAGAAGAGCCGCAGGAUUACCUGUGGCUGGUCAACUGUGAGAGCAAAAAGCCUGAACCUAACAGAGCCUAUGCGGAGUGUUCCAAGUCUACCUCUUCAGAGACAGACCUGAAUGACAACCUCCCCUCUCACCGCACGCCUACAUCAUCCACCUCCUCAGCUAAACACACCUCGCACAACGGCUUCUUCCCACAGCACCCGGCCCCUGCUUCUUCCUCUUCUAUCUAUGACUCGCCUCCAUCACGUGGCGCCUCGCUCUCAACUGACAGUGGCCUUUACCACCUCCCUCGCAGCUACUCCCAGGACACUGUGCUGCUCCCCAAGUCAGCCUCCUCCCUUCCAGCCCAACCAGACAGUGGGGAUGCCUCUGAGCUUUAUGUCUUCAACACACCAGCACGAAAGCCCUCCAUGGAGACACAGAUGCGCAACCUGUCCAUCAGUUAUGAUAUUCCACCUACACCUGGUGCAAACUGUACUUACCAGGUGCCCCGCACAUUAUCGUCAGCUGGGGUAGGAAGCUCAGAGGGUGGGGGAGAUGUACUCCCUCCUCCCAGACCACCCAAGCCUUCGCUCAGUUCAGGACUCCCACCCCCCCCUGCUGAGCGCUCCCCUACGGACACCUAUUGUGUUCCCCGUUCAGCCUCAGAGACGGACGGGAAUUACUGUGUGCCUACUAGUGCUGGGAAUAAGGCUUUACGCAGCAACACUAUAGGCACCAUGGACUAUUCACACCUCCGCAAAGAUUUCGGAUCCCAGGAUUGCUAUGACAUUCCUAGGUCAUUCCCCUCUGACAAAAGCUGUUCCUUUGACUUCAAUGAAAGCUUCAACAGCUACUUCAAAAACAAAGGAAUGAUGCCAGUGAGUAGCCAGUCCACAGAAGAAGUAGACCAAAAUUACGUACCCAUGAGUGCCAACUCCCCAUCACAUCAUCAUUCAGGCAGUUUGCCAGAGCCAAUGCACGAACCCAACUAUGUGCCCAUGACCCCAAGCACCAUGGAGUUCUCUUCUCUGGGAAAGCAGGUGCCCCCGCCUGCUCACAUGGGAUUCCGCUCAAGUCCCAAGACCCCUCCUCGCAGACCAAUGGUCAAUGACUGCCAGCCCCCACCUGUGGAUCGAAAUCUCAAACCUGAUCGCAAAGGUCAGAGUCCUAAAAUAAUAAGAGCAAAAGCUGUCGGUUUAGAGCGAACCGACUCUCAAACCGUAGGUGAAUUCCCAAGGGGACGACGCAAGGGAAAACCGGCUCCACUGGAGAUCAAACCGCUGCCAGAAUGGGAGGAGCCCUGUACACCUGUCCGCUCGCCUGUCACACGGUCAUUCGCUCGGGAUCUCUCUAGGUUUCCAAUGCCAGCAAGACCCCCGUCAGUGCAUAGCACGGCCUCCAGCACUGACUCCGAGGACUGUGAUGAGAAUUAUGUAGCCAUGGUCUCUAAUAUGUCCACAGAUGAACCAAACAUGAAGCUUGGUGCGCCCAUGACUGCAGAUGGUGGGAGCAGCCCCAUGGUGAAACCGAAGGGAGACAAACAGGUGGAGUACCUGGAUUUGGAUCUCGACCCCGGCAAGUCUACCCCACCAAGGAAGAUGAAAAGCAAUGGAACUGGUAUGGCAGCAUCAGAUGAGCGUGUUGACUAUGUGGUUGUGGACCAGCAACGGACACAGGCCCUUAAGAGCACCCGGGAGGCCUGGAACGAUGGCCGCCAAUCCACAGAGACGGACACCCCUUCUAAAGGACCCAAGUGAUCCUGUAGUCCCAGCUGCUAACCCAGGCUCCAAACCCCAAAGCACUGAGUCUUUUACAAUAGCGUAGGCUCUGGUUUGUGCUUCGGGACAGCAUAGCUGUCAUGCUCCACCUCAACAAGAUCCUUAGUGUGUAGAGGCCCGUGAAGCUCCAUAGCCACUCAGCUGUCUUUAGUUUACACUGCUGUCAGGUCUAGGACAGCACUGUGUGUACAGACGUAGGAAGGGUGUGGGCCAGAAAUAAGCUGUAUGUAGUAUGAAAGCAGGUGGAAUGAAUGGACUGGUCUUCAGGGUUUGAUUUAAACAGACUCAUGAAUUUUGAAUAUUCACUGCCUCCUGUAUUGGAUUUUUUUUUUUUUUUUUUUGCUCUUUUGUUCACUUUUUAGUGACUUGUGGGCUGAUCCACAGUUAACAUUUCCUUAAAUUAUAAUGCUGUUUAAUGAUGUUGUUUUUGGAGUGCAAAUGAAAUCAACUGAUAACAUUAUCAAAAGAAUUAGUCAAUUCAACACUCUGCUAGUUAGCAUAGCUGGUUAACAGUGUUGACUUUUUUUAUUUUUUGAGUUUGGCCUGUGCAGCGGGGGAGCUCCUAUGAGCACUGUUCCCAUGUCAUUUUUACCUUUCUUUUCCUCACUAAGUCAUAGUAGAUAGCUGAAAGUGACUCUGAUCUGUGUCUUAGGCAAACUUCAAACCAGAUCUCCAAGAUAACCCAGUGCGGCAGAAUUUCAUUGAGUUUUGUUAGACAGGUGAACUUGUUCAUUUUACAUGUAACCAUGUGCUCCAUUUAAGCUUUGGAUUCACUCAAGGGUUAAUCCACUGAAAACGAUUUGAUUUCCAUUUGCUCUGUAAGUGGAGACGCUUGUAAUGGAAGUGCAAAGAUUGCACGAAAGUGUUAUGUAUAUAAACAGGAAAAGUGUCCUUUAUUUGUUUGGAAUAUCCAGCAUGUUUGACUUGAAGGUAUGUGGAUUCUGCAGGGUAGAAUCUUGUGCCUAUCUUAGGUGGUAUCAGGACUUGUGAUUAAUGAAUGAAUUACUGUGAGUUUUUAAAAAGAAAGUGACAGGUUUUCUAUAAGUUAUGCAAAGGUAUCAAACUUAGGCUAGAGAGAGAAAAUCAGGUACUCUUUUAUAAGUGUAUACUAAUACAACUAUCCAUUUCUAAUUUAUUUCUCAAGUUAUUUCAUCAGGUGGAAGUUGUGUCCACUUUUAGCUCAGUAUUCGUGAUUCAUGUGGAGGAACACUGGCUAAACUCUGCUUAGUUUUACAAGUGCCGGUCAAUUAGUUUCACAGGUCAUUUAUGUUUGUCUUUUCUUUCUCCUCUUAGGUUUAAUUUAUGUUAAAUUUAUCUGGCAUGCAGUUUUGGAAAAUUGCCUCAUGUAAUCAACUUGAUACAUCUUUUGUAGAAAGUGAAAAAGUCUUUGCAUAGA